UAUAUAAACGAAUUGUUCGACACUCAGAGCAGGUGGUUGCAAACAGAGUCUUUCUCCAACUGUUCUGUUCCAAUCCAUCAGCGAUGGAGAAAAAGCAGGAGUUGCUGAGCUUGUUCAUCCUUUUUAUUGUGACGUGCCCUGGCCUCGGCCACGGCUUUGGGAAGGACCAAGCGAGUUCUCUAAUGUCCUUCCGUCGCGCAAAAAGGGCUGCUCGAGGCACUUCUGCAGAUAUGGAAGUGGCAUUUACGGAGAUGAGCUUGGAGAUGGAGGAUGGAACAAAAUCAUCAUCUGACGUUGGAAAGAUGGAAGAUGAUCUGAUUAAGGAUGGCCUUCCCGGACAACCAUCGGGAGUGAUGUUUAAGCAAUAUGCAGGAUACGUCAACGUGGAUAAAGUGAAUGGACGUAACCUCUUCUAUUACUUUGUUGAGGCAGCUCAGGAUCCACUUUCCAAACCACUUAUCCUUUGGCUAAAUGGAGGGCCUGGUUGUUCAUCCCUUGGUUAUGGUGCCAUGAUGGAGCUCGGGCCAUUUGGUGUUAACCCUGAUGGGACAACGCUCUACUUAAGAAGACAUGCCUGGAACAGAGCUGCAAAUACAUUAUUCCUGGAGUCUCCAGCUGGUGUUGGUUUUUCUUAUUCUAGCACCACUUCCGACUACAAAAGGUCAGGCGAUAAAAGGACAGCUGAAGAUUCAUAUACAUUUCUGGUUAACUGGUUCAAGAAGUUCCCUCACUACAAAGCUCGUGACCUCUACGUAAUGGGAGAAAGCUAUGCAGGUUAUUACGUUCCAGAGCUAGCAGAAGUGAUCAUCAAAAGGAAUGCAAUGGGGGAGCCAAUAUCAAAGAUUCAGCUAAAAGGGAUCAUGAUCGGAAACGGGAUAAUGAAUGAAGUGACAGAUGUGAGAGGAACUUAUGAUUUUCUUUGGAGCCAUGCACUAAUUUCGGAUGAAACCUAUCAAAGACUCAGAGAGAACUGCAUGGUAGAGACCAAAACUUGUCAAGAAUUUGAAGACGCAGGGAAGAUGGAAUUUGGAGCAAUUGAUCCUUCAAAUAUAUAUGGCCCAUCAUGCUCACAUUCUGACAGUCCAUGGAGGACCAAACUCCUCGUUGGGUAUUUUCCCUGCGAAGGAGAUUAUGUCGUAAAUUAUCUCAAUCUUCCUCACGUACAGGAAGCAUUGCAUGCCAACCAAACCAAACUGCCUUAUUCUUGGCAGCUGUGCAGUGACAUAAUUGAUUAUUGGAAGGAUAGCCCAUCAACAAUGUUCCCAACAUACAGGAGGCUUAUGGCAUCUGGUCUUCGGAUACUCCUUUUCAGUGGGGAUGUGGAUGUAAUAGUUUCAGUGACCAGCACUCGAUAUUCCAUUGAUGCUAUGAACAUGAAAGUUAUCAAACCCUGGCAUCCAUGGCUCGAUGAAACUAACGAUGUUGGUGGAUAUCAAGUAAUCUAUGAUGGCUUAACCUUUGCUACGGUUAGAGAAGCGGGUCACCAAGUUCCUGAAUAUCAGCCUCGAAGAGCUUUUGCUUUGCUCAGGAGGUUUUUAGCAGCUGAGAAUUAGCGGCGCAGAUCAAUGACAGCGGUUAGCUUUGAACUGGGCUCUGAAUGCUAGUGCUUGCCACUACGUCCGUAGAUGAAAGGGGCGGAGUUCGCUAUUAGUAGUGAACUUUCGUUCCCUAUGGAUAUUAAAGGUGAUUUGAUUUCUGCAUAGUGCAGCUUAUUCUCUCUCUCACUCUCUUUUCCCCGAAAGUGUCAAGAUUUCAUUAAUCUUAAUCAAUAUUUACAAGUGUAAUGAGGUAAAGACCUUCAGCAUACCUAGUGUGUUCAAGCCACCCUUCUGCUCUCGAUCGUGUUUCAGUUUCAUAGCAAACUUUACUACUAGUGCUGGUGUUCUGAAGUCUUCCAGUACCGCUGCCAAUAAAGCAUCUUGUGGCUUA